AUGGCGAAGCGUCUGCAGGGCAAGUCCGCUCUUCUCAGCGCUGCCGUUCCGCCCCUCGCAAGCCUAGGCCUGCUGUCCGGUACCAGGGGAGCCUUCUCCGUGGUCCGCAGAUGUGUCAAGAAAAGUUCAUCACAGGAAUAUGCUGCAAAAAUCAUCAACACCAAAAAGUUGUCGGCCAGAGAUCACCAGAAACUGGAACGUGAAGCUCGAAUCUGCCGACUUCUAAAGCAUCCGAAUAUUGUGCGGCUCCAUGACAGUAUUUCAGAAGAAGGCUUCCAUUACCUCGUCUUUGAUCUGGUUACUGGUGGGGAGCUAUUUGAAGAUAUUGUUGCCAGAGAGUACUACAGUGAAGCAGAUGCCAGCCACUGUAUUCAUCAGAUACUGGAGAGUGUGAAUCACAUUCACCAGCAUGAUAUCGUGCACAGGGAUUUGAAGCCUGAGAAUUUGCUACUGGCAAGUAAAUGUAAAGGUGCUGCUGUCAAACUGGCUGACUUUGGACUGGCUAUUGAAGUGCAGGGAGAGCAGCAGGCCUGGUUUGGGUUUGCUGGCACUCCAGGCUACCUCUCCCCUGAAGUCUUAAGAAAAGAUCCUUAUGGAAAACCAGUCGAUAUAUGGGCAUGUGGAGUGAUUCUGUACAUAUUACUAGUGGGGUACCCUCCCUUUUGGGAUGAAGAUCAGCACAAACUCUAUCAGCAGAUCAAAGCCGGAGCCUAUGACUUCCCAUCACCUGAGUGGGACACUGUGACUCCUGAAGCAAAGAAUUUGAUCAACCAGAUGCUGACAAUAAACCCAGCAAAGCGCAUCACAGCUGACCAGGCUCUCAAACAUCCAUGGGUCUGCCAACGAUCUACUGUUGCUUCAAUGAUGCACAGGCAGGAAACUGUGGAAUGCUUGAGAAAGUUCAAUGCUAGAAGGAAGCUGAAAGGCGCAAUCCUCACAACGAUGCUUGUGUCUCGGAAUUUUUCAGCUGCCAAAAGCCUGCUGAACAAGAAAUCAGAUGGAGUGAAGAAAAGGAAGUCGAGCUCCAGUGUGCAUUUGAUGCCACAGAGCAACAACAAAACCAGUAUAGUAAGCACUGCAAAAGAAACACCCCCAGUGCAGACGUCCAUGGAGCCUCAAACAACUGUUGUCCAUAAUGCUACAGAUGGCAUAAAGGGUUCUACAGAGAGCUGUAACACCACAACUGAAGAUGAGGAUCUGAAAGCUCCCCCUCUCUCCACCGGGGACGGCAGCUCAGUGCUUGAAGGACGGAGGCACAGUGAGAGCAAAACACAGACUGAGUCCAUGCAGUCCCAGCUUUCUCUCUGUUUCUCAGCCAUGCGUAAACAAGAAAUUAUUAAGAUAACAGAGCAGCUGAUAGAAGCCAUCAACAAUGGAGACUUUGAUGCUUAUACAAAAAUCUGUGAUCCUGGUUUGACCUCAUUUGAACCUGAAGCACUGGGGAACCUGGUUGAAGGAAUGGAUUUCCAUAAGUUUUACUUUGAGAAUUUACUGUCGAAGAACAGCAAGCCAAUACACACCACCAUCCUGAACCCCCACGUCCAUGUCAUUGGUGAAGAUGCUGCCUGCAUCGCAUAUAUCCGCCUGACUCAGUACAUUGAUGGCCAAGGCCGGCCCCGCACCACGCAGUCCGAAGAGACACGUGUCUGGCACCGCCGAGAUGGCAAGUGGCUGAAUGUCCACUACCACUGCUCUGGAGCCCCUGCAGCACCUCUCCAGUGAGGAUCAUACACAGCAACUUGCGGAGAUACUCAGCUGGAGGGCAAUAUCUUCUUAGCAAGCAGCUCUGGAGUGCCUGAGUGACAGCAAUGGUCAUGUCUGUUUUGACAUUAAUAAAUAAAUAAAUAAAAAUUACAAAUGGGCAGCAGCCAAAUGCACGAAACCCUGCAUGCAUCUGAUGCUCCAGGCGCUGCCUUUCUGUUGUUUUCCAUGGAUCCAUCGUGUCUGUUUCUGCUGUACGAAGGUGUUUUUAAAUCUUAAAAAAAAAAGAA